CCAUUAUCACAUCUCUCUCCCCUCUUUUUCUCUCUUCCUCUGUCUCUUUUUUGCUCCCAGAAGACUUCCUUACAUUCUCGUCUUUCCUACAAAAAAAUCCUUAAACAUCCCAUUUCUUGUAAUUUUUCUUGAUGUUAUGGAACCAACUUUAGGCUUGCUAGGUGGGAUUGGGGCCGGAGGCGGUGGCGGUAGAGGAGGUGGUGGAGCUGGUAGCGCAACCUUGUCUUGUGAUCAGACUGGUUUAAAUGUACCCAAUUCUGAAAAAGACUACAUGGACAUUUCAAAAGAGUCUGAGCUUGAACUGGGAUUAGGGCUGAGCCUUUGCAGCAGCGGCGGUGGUGGUGUGGAGGCGAAGGGUAAGGGGUCUGCAUGGAGUGAAUAUGGAAGGAUAUUGACUGCUAAAGACUUUCCCAAUGGGUUUUCAGCUGGGAGUGGAAGGGCUGCUGCUGGAACAAAGAGAGCUGCUGCUGACUCUGUAGGUUCUGCUGAAGGUGGCUCUCCUUCUACUGGUGUCAGUCAGGUUGUGGGAUGGCCUCCUAUAAGGGCAUACAGGAUGAACACCUUAGUUAACCAAGCAAAGACUUCAAAUGCUGAAGAUGGUGAGGGAGUUGGCAGGGACGAAAAGAAGGAGAACUCGAAGAAGAAAAUCAAUCACGGAAAUGACAAGAAUGAUUCGACCAUUAAAGAAAGAGAUCAUCUCGGGUUUGUGAAGGUGAAUAUGGAUGGAUUACCAAUUGGAAGAAAGGUGGACUUGAAGGCUCACACUAGCUAUGAAACUUUGGCGCAAACUUUGGAAGAGAUGUUCUUCAAGCAUCCAUCGAGGAAGAUCCGUGGUGGAAAGGAACAAUCCAUGCAACCUUUUAAGCUUUUGGAUGGUUCGGCCGAGUUCGUGCUCACAUAUGAGGAUAAAGAAGGAGACUGGAUGCUAGUCGGAGAUGUUCCAUGGGGGAUGUUUCUCAGCACUGUGAAAAGGCUCAGAAUCAUGAAAAUUUCAGAGGCGAAUGGACUUGCUCCAAAGUUCCACAAAAGGAAUGAGAAACAAAGGGCCAGAGCAAUAUAGCAACACUGCUGCUUUGCAUACUAAAAUAUUUCGAGAGGAUUGAAAUGCGCUGUUUGAAAAGGAAAGCCAAAGGAUUAGAGAAGUUCGAGUCGAUUAUUUUGCUACAUCAGUUAUUUAUUUCUUUUUUUUGGUUUUUUAUGGUUGCAUUUUUAGAAUGCACCCAUAUUCUGGUCUAUAUACCACUUUACCUUGUAAGCCAUAUUCAAAUAGGAUGUUAAGUUGCUCUAUGUUAUCACAUGUUUUUUCUUUAUGAAUGCUUACUUGGCAUAAUGUAAAUUUGAGAAUGCUUCAUAUCUGUCUGUCUGUGUUUAGUUUUUCAUCAACUCAAUGGAUUCAAUUCUUCAAUUGUUGUCAAA